AUGAAAAUCUUGUAUUCCCAGAGGAGGUUCUACCACGUGGAAACGCUCUUUAAUGGAACCUUGGCUUUAAGUGGUCGUGAUCAAGAAACCACUGGUUUUGCUUGGUGGGCUGGUAAUGCUAGACUUAUUAAUUUAUCUGGUAAGUUAUUAGGUGCUCACGUAGCUCAUGCUGGAUUAAUUGUAUUCUGGGCUGGAGCAAUGAAUCUUUUUGAAGUAGCUCACUUUGUACCAGAGAAGCCUAUGUACGAACAAGGAUUAAUUCUACUUCCUCACCUAGCUACUUUAGGUUGGGGAGUAGGUCCUGGUGGAGAAGUUAUAGAUACUUUUCCAUAUUUUGUAUCUGGAGUACUUCACCUAAUUUCUUCUGCGGUUUUAGGUUUUGGUGGUAUUUAUCACGCAUUAAUUGGGCCAGAAACUUUAGAAGAAUCUUUCCCAUUUUUUGGUUAUGUAUGGAAAGAUAAAAAUAAAAUGACUACUAUUUUAGGUAUUCAUUUAAUUUUAUUAGGUGCUGGCGCUUUCCUUUUAGUAUUUAAAGCCUUAUAUUUUGGCGGAAUAUAUGAUACUUGGGCUCCUGGAGGAGGUGACGUAAGAAAAAUUACAAAUCUUACUCUUAGUCCUGGUGUUAUAUUUGGUUAUUUACUUAAAUCACCUUUUGGUGGCGAAGGAUGGAUUGUUAGUGUAGAUAAUUUAGAAGAUAUUAUUGGAGGCCAUGUUUGGUUAGGUUCUAUCUGUAUUUUUGGUGGAAUCUGGCAUAUUUUAACAAAACCAUUUGCUUGGGCUCGUCGAGCUCUUGUUUGGUCUGGCGAAGCUUAUUUAUCUUAUAGUUUAGGAGCUAUUGCCGUUUUUGGUUUUAUUGCUUGUUGUUUUGUUUGGUUUAAUAACACAGCUUAUCCAAGUGAAUUUUAUGGUCCUACUGGACCAGAAGCUUCUCAAGCACAAGCUUUUACUUUCCUAGUUAGAGACCAACGACUUGGUGCUAACGUAGGUUCUGCUCAAGGACCUACUGGUUUAGGUAAAUAUCUAAUGCGUUCUCCUACUGGAGAAAUCAUUUUUGGUGGAGAAACUAUGCGUUUUUGGGACCUUCGUGCUCCAUGGUUAGAACCUUUACGAGGACCUAAUGGUUUGGACUUAAGUAAGUUGAAAAAAGAUAUUCAACCUUGGCAAGAAAGACGUUCUGCAGAAUAUAUGACUCAUGCUCCGUUAGGUUCUUUAAAUUCUGUAGGUGGUGUAGCUACUGAAAUUAAUGCAGUAAAUUAUGUGUCUCCACGUAGUUGGUUAGCUACUUCUCACUUUGUAUUAGGAUUUUUCUUCUUUGUAGGUCAUUUAUGGCAUGCAGGAAGAGCACGUGCAGCUGCAGCUGGAUUUGAAAAAGGAAUUGAUCGUGAUUUUGAGCCUGUUCUUUCUAUGACACCUCUUAAUUAA